AUGGCAGCCAGAGCUUCAAAUGCUUCGGAAUUCCGACAGAUUUUGACCAGGAUCAAAGAAGUACAGGAUAAGCUGGAACGAUCCGAUCAAGCUAGUCUAGCAAGUAAAUUGUCGGACAUCAACGACUCUUUAAGUAUCAUCGAAGGAAACCAAACGGACUUCUCAGAUUCAGUCCAUCAAACUCUGGAGCGGAUUGAAACCACUAUGGUAAAUGGAUUCAAGGCUAUGGAGGACAGAAUAUCUUCCCUUGAAGCUAAAAUAGCCAAUCAUCCAAGUACAGAGGCAACGGCUGGAAACGAUUGCAUGAUGACGCCACCAAGUUCAUCGAGAAAAAGAAAAAUUGCACGCCAUCCCGAUCUUUCGGUAAGAGUAGGCUUACUUUUUUGACGAUUUUUUAGUUUUGAUCAAUGAUAACUGCGCAAUCUUACCAGUUGUUGUUACAAGCACUCUGUAGAAUUGUGGAGAGCGAAGGCCAGAAUUGCAGGGGCAAUUUUUGAAUUUCGUGCGCAUUUCGAGAUAGAUAUCACACCUUUUGUUUCGCUGCAGAGGACACCACGUGAUAGCUUUUUCCAGGCUUUCGAUAUGACCAGAGCAUGUCGAAAUAAAUUAAAAUUACCAAGUUUUAGUGGAGUAGUUUGUACAGGGACUCAUAUAUGGGAUUUGGAAAUCGUGGAAAUUAUAAGGAUUUCUAUGGAAAGUUUAUUAGAGAACAAGCCUUGCUUUCUGGAGAAAUUGUCAUACAUGUACACUCUGGACAUGAUUCAAAAUCCCAUGAAUCCUUUCAUUUUCAUGCCAUUACACCAAAAAUGGACAAUCUUACUAACUUUGCCAUGUUUGUUCCAUGUAGUUUCAAUGCUGUAACCAAUAAUUAUUUUAAGGGGGCACUUCACUUCUAGCUCACUUAUCCAGAUCUUAAAUUACAAGUGUCAUUUUAAGUGCGGAUCAUGAUUGUUGUAAAUAUUGUUGAUCUCUGACAGCACUAUGUCCGUUCCAAGAUGGAUCAGUUGGGACUUAAAUGGAACACUGAAAUGAAGUAAGUUAAAUGUUCUUAUUCUUGACAUUAGUUUAUGUUUUAAAAAGGCAACAAACCUCAGCUACAAUGUAAGCGACAAAAGUCUCGAGACCUUUGCCAUUUUCUUACCAAAAAAUGUAAAUCGGCCUCAUGAGUGCCUCUUUUUCCCCUGUCCCCCCCUCCAUCCACCACCCCAAAGGAAUUUCGUGUUUUGUUUUCCAACACUUACUAUUUUUUUUCUUUUUCUUGCAAUUUUUGAAAAAUUGAGAGGGGGUUCUAGGAUGGUGGUAAUUCAACUGCAACAAGGUAUAGUCAUAGUUCAUGACUGGUCAUUUCUGGAGAUUACCUCAACUGUACUAGUUUCAAACGUCACUUUAUUGUCUUUCUUCAAUUCUUUCUAUGAAACAGCCUCAAAACAUUGGAGAGAAUGAUUAGAAUAGGUAUUUUGCUUUUCUUUUCUUUUUGAACAAAACAUUUCUGGAUGUUUAUUUGCAGUGUAAGUAUUUUGUACUAGGCAAGUUUCUUGUCUACAGGUGGUUCAAAAUAAAGGCCACACCAAGCGAUAUAAAUAACAGAUCCUUUAAUUUCAAGUUUAGACAUUAUUGGACUUGAUGUUUCAAAAGCACAUGAUAAAGCAUUGCUUUUAUCAAGAGUACAGCAAGUUUUGUAAUGAAAAGAAAUCCCACCAUUUAUAGUAAAGAAUAGUAUUAAGAUCGCAAGUGCAUGAAGUGAUGAUGUUGAGAGUGGAAAGGAUGUUGGUUCCAUUUAAAAUUUUCGAGCAAAUAGACACUGGCACAACAAUUCUUUAAGCCACAAAGUUCAUGAAAAACUGAAACAUCAGCCUCAAUUACCCAAUUCUCUGUUUUUUAGCUAUCUUAUUUGGGGUUUAUUUGUACUCAUUUUAUAUUUUGUAUUUAACAGAGAGAAUGACCCACCAAAUAAAGAAGUUUCCCAACAACUAAUUAAGGAGGUACAGGAGGUGGAGCAAAUUAAAAAUGAUUCUCUUUGCACUGAGAGGAGAAUUUUAGGUUAGUGCCGGUUGAUGUGAGGAGUUACCACUCCUUAAACUCUUGCAGCUAGUCUACUUGUUUCAGAGCGGUGAGAUAUCUGGUAUUGAAUAAUUUAUUUCUACUACAAAUGUAAUCGACAGCCUUUUGACAUGUUAAAAUAGUGUUUAAGUGCCUCAUAUAUCAGUGUUUAGUUAUUCAUCAUGAGGCUUGAUUCUCCAAGUGAGCAUAUUAGAAGUCCUGGGCAGUACUGCCGUGAUUUGUACCUCACAUUUUGAUGAUUUCUGCUGAAGCAGUUUUCAUAGUACUCUUUGUUAAUGCUUCUUUUGUGGUUUACACAGCAAAUAAUUAUAUAUUGAAUGGGUGCCAGUUGGAUUACAGAAGCAUUUUUCUGCCUAUGAAUUUAAUUUAGACUCAUUGUUUUAACCUGGUGUUCUUUUUGCUUGGUACAAUUUAGAUGCCAUUUCCCAGAACUUUGCCUCCAGCAAAAAAAGGAGAAGGCAGGUGGAAAAUGGAACAUAUCAGCAGUACCAGAAGGAGCAGAAGAGGAGGCAAAGAAUCAAAAGAGUAAGAUUUACCCUUAGUUGUUGUUGUAGGACAAAUUAAUAACUAAUUUGACAUUGGUUGUUUGACAGACAUCGAUAGUUUCUGUCACCACCCCACCAACCAAAAGAAUUAUUUUAACAUUGCUGUUGGGUAACCAGCCAUUCAAAAACCCAGCUGCUAUGCAACACAAUGUAUGGCGGGACACUUGUGGAGUUAUAUGGCUUGUGAUUAACACUGAUCACAAAUGCUUUGUUAGGUGGGUAUGAAGGCAGAUAAUAUGCAAAUCCAAGUUCAAGAGUUCAGUAAGAAGGUUGAACAGGUUCUUAUCUGAACUUAUCAGUAUGCAGUGUGGGGGUGCUUUGAAAGAACAAUUUUUGACGAGUUUGCAAGUUUGCCAACUUAAGUUGCCAUUAUUGCACUAUUGUUUCUUGGUUAGAUUAGAUAAGUCCAAAUUUUGCUUGAGUACCUGUCCAAAAAAAAUACUUUAAGAGAAGAUAAUAGAUAAGAAAUUUUUACCCCAAAGGUUCGAUGUGGUUCUGGGGUGAGAUUAGUUUUUUGGACUGUUUUGUCACCUAUUUUCCGGUGACAAAUCAUAAGGAAACCAGCAAGCACUUGUAGCCUAUGCUCUUUUGUGAUGUACCAGUGUUUAUAUUUGUUGUUGAUCCCUUCUGUGGGCUUCAUUCUCUUUUGAUCUCAGCUGCGUAAGGAGUUUGAGAAAUGCCAAAAAUUAUUUUACAAAAUUAUAUUUUAUAUUGUUCCUUUCUGCUCAGUUUUUCAAAUUUUUUCUGUUUCUGAUCAGAAUGGAACAAUUUUUCUUACUACUCAAAUAAUUUUUAUAGUUUUUUUUUCAUUUCUUGAACCCCUUAUGCAGUUGAGGUCAAAUGAGAAGGAAGCCAAAAGAGGGAUAACAACAAUUUUAUAUUCAUCACAAAAUAGCGACUUCUAGGCUACAAGCGUUUGCUUGUUUCCUGGUUAGUUGCUGCCAAAAAAUUCAUGACAACACUGUUAAGAAAAUUCAUCUCACCCCAAAUCCACACUGAACAUUUUGAGUGAAAAUUUAUUAUCCCUUAUCUUAAAGUAUCCCUUUGGUAGCAAUCAACCAAAACUGGACUUACACGUACCUAAUGCAACUGUGAAACAGUUGUGCAAUAAUGGCGACUUAUUGAGGCCAGCACAACAAUGAUUACAGAAUGAUAUAAAAAAAGCAGUUCAACCUUCUUACAGAACUCUUGAACUUGGAUUCUGUAAAUUAUCAGCCUUUGUACCCACCUAACAACACAUUAAAUUUUGUGAUCAAUUAAUCACAAGCCAUCCAACUCCACAAGUAUUAUUGUUAGCUGUACAUGUAUAUUCAAACAGUAUUGUUGUAGUUUUGAAGAAGUGAUUUCAGGAAUAGAACAUCGAUCCAGUGGCAUUACUCAGUUGGUACUGUUUGCAAAGAUUAAAUGGAAAAGAAUUACGUCUCCUAAUAAAUAUCAGUGACCACCACUGGUUUUUCAAUGAGCAUAUUUCCCUUUGACUGUGAUGCUCUGAACGUUAAAACAAAAUCUAUCAAAAUUAAUUAAUUUCUUUUUAUUUUACUCAGAAACUUGAGAAAAGACUAAAAGUUAUCACAGAAGAGGAGAAGAAGAUGCCAGUCUUUGAAGCUCUAAGUUCAGCUAUGAUUUCAUCCGAUGAGUCUGAUGAGGAGGGUGAUGUCCUCAGAACAAGGCCCCUAGAGUGGAGAUCAGAGGAAGUUUCCAUUUUUUUUCAAAAUUUGGACUCUCGCUAUAGAGAAAAUAUGUCCAACCAGCAAAGAAGGCAAAGUGUUAACAGAAGGGUCGGCCCUCCAAGUACCAGAGACUAUAAUGAAGUUCCUGAGUCAUUGCUCUGGGCCAUUAAUUUGUAG